GGUGGGCCGGGGAGCUAAAGACAGACCUCUGCCCAGGCCGGACGCCUGCGGCACCAUGGACACAGUCACAUUCAGCCAGUGGGACAGCAGUCUCGUGGCAGUCCCCACAGGGCACUGGGGGCGCAGGGUUUUCUUCCUGGCCCUUGCCGUCCUAGUGGUCACCGUGCUGUGGGUUCUUAUUCUGAGCAUCCUCAUGUCCAAAGCCUCGACAGAGUCCCGGGUGCUGACUGGCCACCAGGACCUGCUGAGGACAAACGCUUCGGAGCAGACGGUGGCCCUGGGUGCCUUGAAGGGAGAAGUCGGAGCCUACGAGAACUGCUGCAACGCGACGCAGGCAGAGCUGCAGGCGGCCCUGGCGGAGCUGCGGGAGGCGCAGGUGAAUCUGAUGCAGCAGAAAAGCGCUCUGGAAGAGCUGAGUCUGCGCGUGACCCAGGACUUGGCUACAGCGAGCAGGGACCGCGAGAACAUCCGCAAUGAGCUGUUCCGGGCGCUGGAGGCCGCCAAGCUCGAGAAUAGCUCCUGCGAGCAGUGUCCCGCGUCGUGGCUGCCCUUCCGGGGCUUCUGUUACUACUUCUCAGAGGCCCAAGCUUCAUGGUCGGAGGCUCAGCAAAACUGCGCGGGCAACGCUGCGCACCUGGUGAUCAUCGGCGACCUAGAUGAGCAGAGCUUCCUUAUUCGCCACACGCGAGGCCGCGGCUACUGGCUGGGCCUGAGGGCUGUGCGCAGGGCAGGCCGGAUCCAGGGCUAUCAGUGGGUGGACGGAGUCCAGAUCAGCUUCAGCCACUGGAACACAGGAGAGCCCAACGACUCCUGGGGACGAGAGGACUGCGUCAUGAUGCUUCACUCCGGGCUGUGGAACGAUGCGCCCUGUGGUAGCGAGCGAGACGGUUGGAUCUGCGAAAAAAGACGCAGCUGCUGAGAGGACCCUGCUCACCACCUCCCCACACCCACCGCCUCGCCACGCCCACCGCGGAUAGUGCCUCAGAAGCUGCGCAUGCUCCUAGAAUGCACACCAAGAUUUUUCCCUCUCACUACUGAGAACCCCCUCGGUGUAACCCAGCCCUGCUUAGGGCCUGGGACCAGAGGCCUCUGCUCCAACCUGACUGAUAGCCCCUAUAUUCUGACUUGACUUCUACCAGCUCCAAAAUCCUUGCUCCUGCACCUGUGUCAUCCAACCGCACCUCUUUGUAGCCUCAGUCAGGAAACUGGUGGAUGGAGCUAUUUGUUUCCUGGAUUUCUGAGGCAUCAAUAAAUGUUUGAGAAAUUGA